GGCGUUGAUAAACUUUAUCGUACAAUACUAUAUGCAAACGUGUAUAUAUAUUAGAUAAAGAGGCGUCCCCCGAUAAGCUUAAAUUCAAGUGAAAAUGUUUAAAUUGCUGUUAGGAGCUACGGUGAUCGUCGUCGUGUUGGCGAGACCCGAGCCACCGGUCAACUCUUAUCUUCCACCAGGUCGCGGUGGAGGUAACGGUGGUGGCAAUGGCGGACCAUCCAGCCAGUACGGACCACCAGGAUUUGGAGGAAGCAAUCCCUUAGGCUCUGGCGGUCGUGGAAAUGGCGGUGGAAAUGGCGGUGGAAAUGGGUCUGGUCCUCGGGGCGGUGGCGGUGGCGGCUUCGGGGGUAACGGUGGAGGAAACGGGGGUGGCAGACCCUCCAACAGCUACGGGCCACCCGACCGCGGCAGCUCUGGUGGAAAUGGCGGCGGUGGAGGGGGACAAGGUUUCGGAAACAACGGAGGAGCUGGUGGACGUCCAUCGGACUCGUAUGGUCCUCCGGGCGGUGGGUUCGGAGACUUUGGUGGUGGUUCACAGCAGCCUUCGAACUCGUACGGAGCUCCUGGUGGCGGUGGUAAUGGCUUUGGAUCCGGGGGACAAGGAGGAAGAAACGGCAACGGAGGGGGAAGGCCUUCCAGUAGUUAUGGAGCGCCUGGACAAGGCAAUGGCCAAGGGGGACAGGGCUUUGGUGGUAACGGAGGCGGAAGACCUUCGAGCAGUUAUGGAGCACCCGGGAAUGGUAAUGGAGGCCAAGGAGGUCAGGGCUCCGGUGGUAAUGGAGGUGGAAGACCCUCUAGCAGUUAUGGAGCUCCUGGAAACGGUAACGGGGGACAAGGAGGACAGAAUUUCGGAGGCAAUGGAGGUGGAAGACCUUCCAGCAGCUAUGGGGCACCGGGAAAUGGCAAUGGUGGACAAGGCGGCCAGGGCUCCGGUGGUAACGGCGGUGGUAGACCUUCCAAUAGUUAUGGAGCUCCAGGAGGCGGCAAUGGUAACGGAGCCGGCAGACCUUCCAAUAGUUACGGCGCACCGGGAGGCGGCAAUGGCAACGGAGCUGGAAGACCUUCGAACAGCUACGGAGCACCUGGAGGCGGCAACGGCAACGGCGGAGGAAACAGACCCGGUGGAAAUAACCCUUCGAGUUUGAACGGAGGUGGAAGCCCACCGAACAGUUACGUGCCUCCAGCGGCUGGAGCACCUGGGAACAACGGAUUUGGAGGCGGCGCUGGUUACCCGUCAGGGGGACCCGGUGACAACGCUGGCUCAAAUCCAUUCGGUAACGGUGGCAAUGGAGGAGCAGAGGGUUACGGAAGCGGUGGACCCGGAGGCCAGGAGGAAGAGAGCACCGAACCAGCCAAGUACGAGUUCAAUUAUGAAGUCAAGGACGCCGAAACCGGAACGGAAUUCGGGCAAACGGAGAGCCGCGACGGCGAUCGUGCACAAGGAAUGUUCAACGUUCUAUUACCAGAUGGAAGAAAACAGAUUGUCGAAUACGAAGCAGACCAGGACGGCUUCAAGCCGCAGAUAAGAUACGAGGGCGAAGCCAACGCCGCUGGCGGUGAUGGAUACAGUUCGGGCGGACCCGGAGACGAUGGAUACAGUUCAGGAGGACCUGGCGGCGACUCAUCUGGCUAUCCGUCCGGCGGACCUUCAGGCUCGGGAAACAACCGCGGCAACGGCGGAGCUGGAUUCGGAGACUCUAAUAACGGCGGAGGAUACUCAUCGGGCGGACCAAAUGGAGGCUUCGGCGGUGGAAACGGAGGCUACCCAUCCGGCCAGGAAGCUGGUGGAAAUAACGGCGGUGGUUUCGGCGGAUCGAGCAAUGCUAAUGGCGGCUAUGCCUCGGGUGGCCCAUCCAACGGGGGCGCCGAAAGCUUCAGAGGUGGAAGCAGUUCAUCAGGAAACGGAGCCGGCGGCUACCCAUCAGGCCGACCUGGCGGCGGUUUCGGCGAUGCUGGUAACAACGCUCCCAGUGGCCAGAACGGUGGUAACGGUGGAUAUUCGUCUGGCGGACCGAGCAGCGGAGGCUUCUCCGGCUCCGGGGGCGGUGGCAGCGGCGGCGGUGGUUAUCCAUCCGGUAGCGGAGGUGAUGCCGAAGCCAACGGUGGAUAUCAAUACUGAUGAAAAUUCACUACAACGGUUGCGACGUUAACGAUGCGAGGGGAAUAAUCUCAACUGCGGAUUAACUCCUUCCACAUUAUGACUCGCGAAACUCUUAGCUCAAUCACAUUAUUCCACGUGGGUCUCAUUUACGAAUAUUGCUGCGGCUCGCCAUUCGUAUCAACGUUCCAACGUGAGGUCCUACGAGUUUUUUCAUCAUCUGUUCAACCCUCGAUAUCGUUAUCAACAUUUUGUUAUUACUCACGAAACUCACAUGAUCUUAUUUAUGUUAAUAUUCUUCUAUUGAUACUUAUAUACGUUAUUUUAUACUUAUAUGCAUUGUUUCGUGCGUAUGUAUACAUAGACUCCAAAAUAUUGUCGAUGAAAAUGCUUUAUACGCCGUAUAUAUGAGGAUUAAA